AAGAACCUAGGUGCCAUAGAUUGAUCGAUCUUUUCCCCAAACCGGCAACUUGCUUAUCCAAAAUUUGAAAAUAAAAGCCCACCCUUUUUUUUAUUUUCUCCUUGCAUUCCAUUUUGAUUUUGUUUAUUUUUCCAAAAUUCACUGAAUCCUCCCUUCUUCUCUGACCCCACCGUUGCCUCGGUUCCUCAUUCUCCCUAUUCUUACCAAACUCAAUUCCUCUGUUUCUUCAAGAACGGUCUCUCUUGGGAAUGUCUGAUUUCCCCUCGUGACCUACCUCCUCCUUCUUCUUCACGUCCUCGCCAAAUUUCAUCAAGCGGGUGGGUUUGUCUUCAACGCUCAAGUUCCCGGAAACACUGAUUGGAAACUCCGAGCUUCUCCGAUUCGCUGAGUCCACUCGGUGUCUGAGGUUAUAGCGAUUCGGUUCACAAUUUUCCGGGAAAUCAAAACGAGUUCUUCAUCGCAGUGCUUCGAUCAAGCUGCAUUGGCGAAAAAGCUCGUUUCUUUGCAUUUGGGUGUCUCAGUUCUUCCUCAGAUCCGAUUCUGGUCCCUCCAUCUGAACCCCAAAACCCUAGUAGAUGAUUCGCGAAAUCUCCGGCUUACCGAAAGACGUCAUAAACAUCCAAGACCGUUGUUCCGGCAGCAUCAUGGACAACAGAAACACGAGCUACCGAGGCGGUCCGCCGCUGGAGAGAAGGAAAAAGCAGGAGCUCCGGCGAACGUUGUCGUCGCAGAGUAGCUCGAGAAGGCUGAUUCCGGCGAGCUACUUCAGCAUGGAGUCUCUGGUUCUGUUGGUGGGUCUGACGGCGUCGCUGCUGAUUCUGCCGCUGGUUCUGCCGCCAUUACCGCCGCCGCCGCCGUUCAUGCUGCUUCUGGUUCCCAUCGGGAUUGUGGUUGUCCUCAUGAUCCUCGCCUUCAUGCCUUCUCCUAACUCCAAACAUGUAGCUUCCUCCUCCUAUAUGUAAGUAAAAAAAAAAAAAAGCAGUGUCUCAUUGUUCUUCUCUUCGGGUGUUUUGUCUUAACCACAAGAAGAGAGAUUCACGGGGGACAAUUUAGUUGACAAUGUGAUAAUCGGAUUUAUUCUAGUUGAAUAAUCUAUAAUUGCAAUCCAACUAAAAUUCAAGUGA